CCUGUGUUAAAUAAUUCCAAGAUGGCGGCGCAAAACAUUGGUGGAAAAGCUCUACGUUUCGUUAAAUUAACUCCAAAACAAUGGACAUUGCGUCCAAACUACUCACAGCCCCUACAAAUAAGAACCUUAUUUACCAACAGAGAGAGCGUAAUGCUCAAUGAAAGUAAAUUCCCUGCCCGUAAAGAGUGCAUGUUACCUGCAGACUGUUUCAAGGACAAAGUUGCUUUUGUUACUGGAGGUGGGACAGGACUUGGUAAAGGAAUGACUAAAAUGCUGUCUGAACGAGGAGCUACCGUAGUUAUAUCCAGCAGAAAGUUGGAUGUACUUGAAGAGACAGCAGCUGAGAUCUCCAAGGAGACAGGAAAUAAGGUUUUCCCGGUAGCAGCAGAUGUGCGUGACCCAGAACAAGUAAAAUCAGCUGUUGAUCAGUGUGUUGCUGAGUGUGGGCUACCAGAUAUUGUCAUCAACAAUGCUGCAGGCAAUUUCAUCUCUCCCACUGAAAGGCUGUCUCCUAAUGCCUGGAAGACCAUCAUUGAUAUUGUACUUAACGGGACUGCGUACAUCACCUUAGAUAUCGGCAAAAGGCUGAUAGAGGCACAGAAAGGUGCCAGUUUUCUAGCAAUCACCACCAUAUAUGCCAAGUCAGGAUCAGGGUUUGUAGUACCAUCUGCAGCAGCUAAAGCAGGUGUUGAAGCUUUGAUCAGGUCUCUUUCAUCUGAAUGGGGACGUUAUGGAAUGAGAUUUAAYGCUAUUGCUCCAGGGCCUAUCAAAACCAAGGGUGCAUUUAGCAGGCUGGACCCAACUGGAGAAUUCUCCGCCUUGUCACUUAGUCGUAUUCCUGUUGGAAGGUUUGGUGAAAUAAGUGAACUGGCUAAUCUAGCAGCAUAUCUUGUUAGUGACUAUGCCAACUGGAUCUCAGGGGAGGUAGUAGUGAUGGAUGGUGGAGAGUAUGUGUCCAUGGCUGGGGAAUUCAAUGAAUUCAGAAAGAUACCCAAAGAACAGUGGGAUCUACUGGAAUCAAUGAUUAGAAAGACUAAAGGAUCAUAACACAGCAGGGACAAUGCAAAGUCAUUACUUCUUGCAUUGUAAAGCAUUCCUUCUUGCAUUGUAAAGCUUCAGGUCAUAUUGUUCACAUUAAUGGUCAUCAUUGAAAAUUGAUUUUUUGAUAUAUUGUGACUUGACUUUCUUAUGUCUGAAAUAUUAACUUAUUAAUAAAGUGACACUUCAAAAAUCAA